CUGAGUCGCCCCAGGGGCAGAAUCGAAACUGAUCGCUGCUCUAAGUCGAUGCUGGUUCACUGGGGCUAAUGGUUUCAGUAGAGCAGCUGCCCAGAAGUCUUGCUCACAAUCCUGAAGGACCUGGCCUUCAUCUGAGAUGGCAUCCAUGGGGUGCAGUCUGAGGCCGGCCAGCACAUCCACCACCAACGGGCUAUCCUUGGCUGGACUCUAUGCUAAGGUAGACCUUUACCUGGGCUGCUCUCGCUGUACCCAGUGCCUCAAUGAGAGUACCUACAUUCUGUGUGAGGUAGAGCACACCUGCCUCAGGGAGAUCUUGCUGGCCCGCUUCAAGCAAGCAGCCAAGAGCAAGAUCUGGCGUAAGGUGGGCCGCAGGCCCAGCUUCCCAACACCUAUGCGCUAUCAAGUCUGUCGUUAUUAUAGUCCAGGCUUGGGCUGUAGGCAUCACUGGAACAGAUGCACCUUUGCCAGAAGCCCUGAGGAGGCACUGGUCUGGACAUUUGAGCUCAAGAACAAUCUUCCUCGACUGAAACUGAAAGAGGCUGUGCAGGGCACCAGAGCCCCAGAUAGGCUGCAGACCCCAGCUGACACCAUCCGAGCAGAGUUUGGUGGCUAUUUCCAAUUACUUUGUGCCCUGUGCUUCAAGUCCCGUCCCCCAUGCCUCUGCCCUGUGGAUCCCAGGGGCCAUUGCCCUAAGCACCAAAUCUGCCCCACACUCCUCAUCCAUGUUAUAGUUGAGGGCCAAAAGCGACAAUUUGUGGAGGUGCGGCCACUGCCACAAAAAAGAUAUCCUUUAAACUACUGCAAGUAUGUGGGCCGUGGGGCGCCAUGCUACCAUGGGGCUUCACGCUGUGGGUAUGCUCACAGUGCUGUGGAGAUGGCUGUGUGGAAGGCUGAGCAGCUGGAUGGGCUUCAGAGAGGAGAUCUGCUCACAAAUCCUCUCUUAGUGGAGGACAAGUGGAAAGCCAGCCAUGGUCAGCCUACUGUCAAACUGUACUGCCAUGCCUGCCUGGUCACUUGUACUUCUCAAGAGGCAUUUGAGAACCACUGCUCCUCCCUGGAGCAUGCACAGAUGGUGGCCUUUGACCAGGCUGUCCCCUGGAAGCACCGUGCUCCACCAAUGGGGCUCUCCAAGUUCGAGCUCUGCCCUAGGCCUGAUCUCUGUGAGCACGGAGAGGUCUGCAUCAAAGCACACUCAAAACAGGAGUUACAGGAGUGGGUUCAGCGGGCACAAGACAUGGAGUUGCGAGAACGAGCCGCCUGGCAGGAUGGGCUGGUACCUUACCAGACACGGCUUCUUGCAGAAUACCAUCGCAGCAGUAGAGAGGUGUUGGUGAUGGCUGAGACUGUCCAUGGAGUGUCUGUCACUUGCCACCAGCCACUGGUUCAUCAGGCCCAGGAAAAGAAGAUCCAGCACAAGUGGGUGUUCACCAUCCACUCCGAGGAUCCCUUGCUACAUGUGGCCCUACUCAAGCAAGAGCCUGGAGCAGCCUUCUCACUGGUGGCCCCCAGUCUCCCACCACACCAGAUCUAUGCACAGGGAAAGCACUUCUGUGUGCCCAACUCCCAAGCCCAAUUCCAGGUAGGGGUGCUUGUGCAGGCUGCCUCCUUUGGCAGCUUUGAGCAAUGGGUGGUCUUUGACUUUGGUCGCAGGCCAGUGCUUCUCCAAAAGCUGAAGUUGCAGCUAGGCCAGACACACAGCUUGAGGCUCGAUGGGAAGCCAGCACCCAGCCGCCCCCAGGAACUGGAAUACUGGCACACAGGCAACCGCCAUGUGGUGCUUGCGGUAGAUUGGACACCUGAGCAGGAAGCCCUGAUGGCCAAGUACAAGUUACCCUCCCUGGCCCUGGAGUUCAAUCAGAACGUUCUGGUCUGGGGCCCCAUCUCUCGUACGAACUAUCGACAGAGGAUGCACAAAUUUCUCUAUGAGGAGGAAACAGCCCAGCAGCGGCUGGUAGCCAAGCUGGCCAUGAAGGGCCAGGUAUCCCUGAAGACAGCACUGGAGACACCGGCACUUGGCAUGCUCUUUGCACCUCCAGGGGCCCUCUAUGCCGAGGUCCCCUUCCCCUCCUCUCUGUUGCCAGACACUGACCAGGGCUUUCUGCUGAGCCGAGCAGUCAGCACAGCCCUUGUGGCUCCUGUACCUGCACCUGACAGUACAGUAUACCAAGUGCGGCUAGAGGCACGGGCCAGUUCAGAGCAUGCACUGUGGCUGCUGUUACCAGCACGAUGCUGUAUGGCUUUGGGGCUGCAGGCACAAGACAGCCCCAUCUUGGAGGUGCAGUUCCAGAUUGACCCUCUGACCUUCCGGUUCUGGCAUCAGGCAGUGGAUGCACUGCCUGAGGAGCGCCUGGUGGUUCCUGACCUGCCUGCCUGCACCCUGCCCUACCCCUGGCCCACCCCACCCUCAUUUCGUGGCAAUCACAAACAGAAGCUGGCUGUGGGGCUCAUUGCAGGCAGAAGACCCGAGGGGACAAAGCACAUUCCACCACUGCUCAUCUAUGGCCCCUUUGGCACCGGCAAGACCUACACCUUGGCCAUGGCUGCCCUUGAAAUUGUCCAGCAGCCCCACACCAAGGUGCUCAUCUGCACACACACUAACAGCGCUGCAGACAUCUAUAUCCGGGAGUAUUUCCACGGCUAUGUCAACAGUGGCCACCCAGAGGCCACUCCACUCAGGGUGAUGUAUGCAGAUCGUCCUCCAAGACAGACUGAUUCAACCACCUUGAAGUACUGCUGCUUAACUGAGGACCGCCAGGCCUUUCGCCCACCCACAGGCCCAGAGUUGGUACAUCACCGUUUGGUGGUCACUACCACUUCUCAGGCUCGUGAGCUCCAGGUGCCAGCCGGCUUCUUCUCCCACAUUUUCAUUGAUGAGGCAGCCCAAAUGCUGGAGUGUGAGGCCCUUAUCCCACUCUCCUAUGCCUUGUCACUAACCCGUGUAGUACUGGCAGGCGACCACAUGCAGGUCACACCUAGGCUCUUCAGCGUGCCCAGGGACAAGGCAGCUGGGCACACGCUGCUGCACCGCCUCUUCCUGUACUACCAGCAGGAGGUACACAAGAUUGCUCAGCAGAGUCGAAUUAUCUUCCAUGAGAACUACCGGUCAACGGCAGCCAUUAUCAACUUCGUCUCCCGUCAUUUCUAUUUAGCCAAGGGCAACCCCAUCCACGCCAGUGGCAGAGUCCCACGUCACCCCCAACACUACCCUCUCAUGUUCUGCCAUGUGGCAGGCAGCCCUGAGCAGGACAUGUCCAUGACAUCCUGGCUUAACUCAGCUGAGGUCACCCAGGUAGUGGAGAAGGUGCAGGAGAUCUACAAUACCUGGCCUCACUGCUGGGGACCCCGGGAGCAGAGACACAUCUGUGCUGUCUCUCAUGGUGCCCAGGUUAGUGCGCUGAGGCAGGAGCUAAGGAGGAGGAACCUUGGUGAAGUGUCUGUGGGCAGCUUUGAGAUCCUGCCAGGGCGUGAGUUCCGGGUGGUAGUACUGAGCUCUGUCCACAAUCGAAAUAGUCUCCUCAGCCCUGGGGCACCAACCUCAGAGUUCUUCACUGAGCCUCGAGUGCUGAACACGGUCAUGACCCGUGCCCAGUCUCAGCUGGUGGCUGUGGGAGAUGCUGUGGCUCUCUGUUCCUCUGGAGCCUGCAGAAAGCUCUGGAAAAGCUUCAUCCGUGAGUGCGUAGAACAUCACAGCGUCUUCCCCGAGGAGCUGUCGAUGGAGCAGAUUGAGCAGGGUGUGGCCCAGAGACGGAACUGGGCCUCCUUGACCCUCAGAGCUGGGAGCCCAGAGGCAGAGCACAAAUCUACAGUACAGGACCCACAAAGGCCCAUAGCUGAAGGGACUGUGGUCACAGUGAAGGCAGAGACUAGAGCCAGGGCAACAGCCACAGCACAGACUGAGGCAGUAGCAUCAGGAGACACAGCAAGAGGGAACUCAGCCUCUACAGAUGCAGCAGCAGAAGUGUCCACCCUGGAAGGUGGGAUGUCUGAGGAAGAUUCCGAGUCUGACUUCUGGCCCUCUGACUGGGAACUCAAUGCUGAUGAUGCCAUCCUAAAGGAACUCCUCGAUGAGAGCCGGCAAGUGACUGUAACUGUGAGGGAGGAUGGACUUCUUGACACCAUGGUUUGCCCUGCAUCCUCACAGAAGGCCCGACAGUACACAAACCUACCCUCAUCUGUACUGAAGAAGUUCCUGCGCUCAGACCCCAAGCGAUUCCGCCGUUGCAGCUUCCUACAGGAGACCUUUGAGAGAGCAUUGGCCACUCCACUGGAUGACACGGCCUGUAGCCCUAUCCAGGUCAGAGGUCGUCUGAACUGUGGAAUGGCUUUCACAGGGGAUGAGGUGCUGGUACAGAUCCUGGGCCCAGCAGUAGAUGACAGGAGCAUCCCUGGAAGCCUGCAGGGUCGUGUGAUGGGUGUGCUGAAGAGAAGGAGACAUGAACUGGCCUUUGUGUGUCGGAUGGAUGAGUGGGACCCCCGCAUCAUGAUCCCCAUCAAUGGUUCUGUGCCUAAGAUUUUUGUGGCAGAGAUAAAGGACCCACAGCAAGUUCCCAUCCACCGCCUUAUUCAAGGCCAGGUACAGCGUGUGAGGCAUGAGGCUCUCAAGCCUGAGGACCAGGGCACCCGGCUUUUCUGGGUCCGUAUUGUUCUUUGGCGAGAACGUUUCUACUAUCCACUAGGCAUUGUCCUGGAGGUGCUGCCCAAGGCCAUCACCUGGGAUCAGGGCCUUUAUAUCCUUGACCUAGAGCAUGGCCUGAAGGCCCACACACCAGACCCAGCCUCAGUUUCCAAGGCUUUGCAGAAAUACCGCUCAGAGCUAAACAUGGCCUCUGGUCACCGAGAGGACUACCGCCACUUCCUGACCUUCACUGUGGACCCCCAGGGUGCCUGCAACCUUGAUGAUGCUCUUAGUGUCCGGGACCUAGGCCCAGUGUAUGAGGUGGCAGUGCAUAUUGCUGAUGUAGCCAGCUUGGUGCCCAAGGAUGGGGCCCUGGACGUGGAAGCCCGUCAGCAGGGCACUGUGUUCUAUGCCCCCAGCAGGGAGCCAGUUCUCAUGCUGCCCGCCAGCUUGUGCCAGGGUGCACUCAGCCUUCUACCGGGUCAGGAUCGCCUCGCCAUUUCUCUCUUCCUCACCAUGGAGAAAGGCAGUGGCCAGAUCAAGAGUCUGCGAUUUGCACCCUCCAUAAUCCGCUCUGACCGCCAGCUGUCGUAUGAAGAAGCUGAAGAACUGAUCAAGAGACACCCUGGGGCUGGCCUGGAGCUGCCAGCCCACCUGGACUCUGUGGAGGCCUGUAUUGUGGCUGCCUGCUACUUCUCUUGGAUGUUACGUCGUCAACGCCUCCCAGCUGCCUGUUACUAUGAGCCGCCAGAUGAGGACAGUGUGCUGGGCUUCCGCACAGCCCAUAUCAUGGUCCAAGAGUACAUGAUCCAGUUUAACAGCCAUGUGGCUGAAUUCCUUGUGGGCAACAAGCACACAAAGACACUCACACCACUAAGGUGGCAGCCCACACCCAGUAGGCAGCAGCUUGACAGUGUUUUCAAGAAGCACAGAGGACUGGUGCCUCUGUCACUGCACCUGUGCCACCACUCAAACACCCACUAUAUCCCCAACAAGCAGCUGUAUCUCCUGACUUCCCUCUGGAAACAAGUGCAGCUUGCAGCUGGUACUCAGGACUAUAGCCAGAUGGUGGACCUUAUUGCUGCAGAUGACAUGCACCCUUCAUUGGCUCCGGCUUGCCUGGAUUUCCGAAGGGCUCUAGGCCGCUCUGUUUUUGGUCGCUCCAGCCAGGGUAAGCAGCAACCUGCUGGCCACUACUCACUGAAGGUGGAUUGGUACACAUGGGCGACCUCACCCAUCCGUAGGUAUCUAGAUGUGGUGCUGCAGCGGCUAAUCCUGCUGGCACUGGGCCACAGGGGCUCUACAUAUUCUAACAGGGACAUUGAUGGGCUCUGCCAGGACUUUAGUCGCCAGCAUGCAUGUGCUCAGAGCUACCAACGGCGGGCCUACAGCCUGCACCUGGCCAUCCAGCUCAAGACCCAGCCUCAAAACAAGCUGGGCUUUGUAGUGGAUGUAGAGAUCGGUGCCCGAUGCUUCAAAGUGCUUUUCCCUAUAAACCGGGAAACCCUGCCUGAUCCCUGCCCUAUCCACUACCAUUCCCUGCAGUUGGCUGAGCACCCGCAGGAGUCAGUGAGCCAGACAGGCUUGCGACUUGUGUGGCGGCGCCGCAUGUACUCGGUGCAGGAGUCCAAGCUGCCUUUACCACUUCUGGGCACGGGUUUUGAUCAACACACCCAGACUGUAGAUGGAGCCCUGUGGAUGAAGCUACUGGUGCUGCUGAAGGAACAGCGCUGGCCUGAGAUAGCUGCCCUCAUCCAGGAGCAAGAUAAGCUUUCUCCUCGAAGGGGGAAAUCACAGAUACACCAGAGCCAUUGUGGACACUUUGUGGAGGUGGCCUAUGAGCUGGGCAGUGGAGAUACCCUGCAGGUUCAGCUUGGCUCCAGCCUGCAGCGGGGCUUCCUGGCACCAACCCUGCAGUUGUGGACUGUGGUUCCUGGCUUCAGCCUCUGCCUGGAGCACAUGGAACGGCCAGGUGACUGCUUUUCAAGCUAUGUGCACCAGGCUCUGCAAGACCAGUACCGUGAAGUCAGCGAGUACUCAGGUGUGUGGGGACCAUGCUGUGCCCUGGAGUCACUCACCAGUGCUGUUACAGAAAAUGACUCCAUUGUGCUGCAGGAUGUGCGUAUCUCUUGGGACACAUCGCAGGGGCAGCUGCAGGGUACCUUCCAGCUGGAAGCUGCUUUUCUCCAGGAGAAAUGUAUCAAUAUCUACUUUGGCUGUUGCUACCUCUGCAUUCGACUUGAGGGAAUUCCUCUUCCCCUAGCUAGCUCACUCCCUGGGCCUAGUGGCCUUGGGCCCUUCCUGAACAUUGACCCCAAUACAUAUACCUGGGUGGCCCAUGGGCUGUCUGGUGACUGGGACCAUGAACUGGCUGGUGACUGGGACCAGGAGACUGUGGAUGAUCGACAGGAGGUUCCCAAGCAGGUACAUUUCUUCAUCCACCACAUGACCAUGGAGAAAGUUCCAGAAGAGGUGCUGAAACCUAAUGCUCGGUUCACUGUGGAAGUGCUAUCUAAGCAGCUUCCUGACCUCCGCAAGGAAGAAGCUGUGCGUCAACUGAAAAAUGCAUCCCCAUUGGUCAUUAGUAUCGCCUUGGGCCGGCCUAUCCAGGAGCCCCGUCGAGGUGGCUGGCGUUCUUUCCACAAGGCACCUACCAGCAGGUUCUUGGAGCGGCAGAACUACAACAUCCCUGGUGGACAUCAUAAGCUGAACCAGAGCCAGGACAGGGCUGUCAGGAGCGCGCUGCGGAAGCAGUUCACAGUCAUCCAGGGCCCACCAGGCACAGGGAAGACCGUUGUGGGUUUCCACAUCGUGUACUGGUUCCACAGGUCAAACCAGGAACAGAUGCCAACUGGCGGCAGCCCUAGUGGAGAGGAACAGCUGGGGGGUCCAUGUAUCUUAUACUGUGGUCCCUCCAACAAGUCUGUGGAUGUCCUGGGAGGACUGCUCCUGAGGAGGAAGACAGAGAUGAGGCCCCUGCGUGUGUAUGGGGAGCAGGCAGAGGCCACUGAAUUCCCACUGCCAGGAGUGAGCAGGAGUCUAUUUGGCAAGACCUCUCAGGAAGGAAGACCAAAUCAGAGCCUGAGGAGCAUUACCCUUCACCACCGAAUCCGCCAAGCCCCCAACCCGUAUGCAGCAGAGAUCAGAAAAUUUGAUGCCCAGCUUCGAGAAGGGAAAAUAUUCUCAAGGGAGGAUCUUGUGGUGUACAGGAGAGUCUUGGGGAAGGCGCGCAGAUAUGAACUCGAGCGGCACUCGGUCAUCCUGUGCACAUGCUCCUGUGCGGCAUCAAGAAGCCUGAAAGCUCUCAAUGUUCGACAGAUCCUUAUCGACGAGGCAGGCAUGGCCACUGAACCAGAAACCCUGAUUCCCUUGGUAUGCUUCUCAAAGACUGAGAAGGUGGUUCUGCUUGGGGACCAUAAGCAGCUCCGGCCUGUGGUCAAGAAUGAACAGCUGCGGAAUCUGGGGAUGGACCGGUCUCUCUUUGAGAGGUACCACAGGGAUGCCAUCAUGCUGGACACACAGUACCGUAUGCAUAAGGACAUCUGUUCCUUUCCCUCCAUGGAGUUCUAUGAGGGAAAGCUGAAGACCUGGUCUGACCUGAGGCGUCCACCCAGCCUCCUAGGUCAUGUUGGCAAGCAGAGCUGUUCCGUCAUCUUUGGUUCUGUACAGGGCUAUGAGCAGAGGCUGCUGGUGUCCACUGAGGACGGCAAUGAGAACUCCAGGGCUAACCCGGAGGAAGUAACAGAGGUGGUACGAAUCACCAAGCAGUUGACCCUGGACCGGACAGUAGAUCCCAAAGAUAUUGCUGUCCUUACACCCUACAAUGCACAGGCUGCUGCAAUAAGCAGGGGCCUCAUGCAGAGAGGGGUCACCGGAGUGACUGUGACCUCUAUCACCAAGAGCCAGGGGAGUGAGUGGCGCUAUGUGAUAGUGAGCACAGUCCGAACGUGCCCCGGGAGUGAUGUGGACCAGCGGCCAACCAAGAGUUGGCUCAAGAAGUUUCUGGGCUUUGUUGUGGACCCCCACCAAGUAAAUGUGGCCAUCACCCGGGCCCAGGAGGGAUUGUGCAUCAUUGGGGACCAUCUGCUGCUACGCUGCUGCCCACUCUGGCACCGUCUCCUAGACUUCUGUGAGGCCCAGCACAGCCUUGUGUCUGCUGGGAAAGUACGGGUCCAAAGAAAGUUUGCUCUGUCUUCUUGAGGAACCCCGACCUGCCCAGCUCUUGAUGUGCCAUCAACUGAGGCUAUGUCCCUCAUUCUUCUCUGCCAAGGUCCUGGGCAUACAAAGGAUUGCCACAGCUCACAGUUCCAGCUCAAAUUAGUCAACCACCUCUGCUAUCUCUUUGGGAAAGGACAUGGUAUUGGCUGCAGUCAUGUAGCAGUGACAGCCUUAUGGGUGGUGGCCACUUCCUGUGCCGGAAGCAGGCUUAAUAAUGAUGACCUUCCUGUUUGUGCUUGGACUUGAGUGGAGGGAAAAAGAGCUAGAGACUGGUCCCUUUGCUCCCAACUCCCUUUGCUUUCCUGGGGCAUUUGAUGACUGGGACACCUCUUAGUGGCCACAGAGGACCCCAGGACAUGCCUAUGCUGUUAUAGGGGGCCUAAACAGAAAUAAGACUCCUCUGAGACUGCACUUUGACACUGAGAUCCAUCUAUGGUUGCACUGGGCACCAUGUAUUCAUUUGCCCUGUAUUCUAGUCUUAAUAACCUAAAGCCAGCAUCUCUUACAGGGACACUCAAAGUGGGCAAGGAAACCUUCCCAGGAGAAAGAGUUUUUCUCUUGUAGUGUUUACUGCCUUGUAUCCUAUAGGGCUGCCCGCGCUGGGGUGGGAAGGGCAGAACCAGAUGCUCACACAGCCCUACCUCCUGGGAUGUGAAAUAGCUGACCUGUGGGCAGGCCGCUAGGAAUGAGGUACCCAGUACUUCUGAGUCUGUGCUUCUUCACCAUGCUUCCGUGCCUAUGUCCAGGGUUUUAGGACAACCUUCCUGGCACCAUCCUUUUCUACUGGACUGAGCGGGUGAAAUGUCUCCCAUCAUGUCUCCCUCUUAUAUGCUCACUUCCUGGCAAUCCCAAGGCUGGAAUCAGCUCCCCCUUCAGUGUGACCCUUCCUCUCCUGAGGUCAGAGAUGUUGCAAGUGAAGUAUACACCAGGACAUCUGGGUCUCUUAAGGCUCAGCUGCAGAGCCUCCUGUGAGAAUAAUACCUGGUGUUUUCUACAAAUUAAGUUUCUACAUUCCAAUUUUUGUAUAUUUUCUCAGGUUAUGCCUUAUAUAACUGGAUAAUUUUAUUAUAAAAACUGCUCUGAAAGUU